AUGUCGUAGGAUAUCGUUUGUACUAUUGAAUAUCCAGGGGGAAAUAAAAAGUUUACGGUGUAAUUGAGUUAUGAAAUUACUCCAGCAGAACUAAUAGAAGAGUUUAAAUCUCAAAUAGUAACGAACUCAAAUAAGAUAAUGCUCUAUUGUAACCAGAAGCUGCUGGAUCCGAAUGUUCCAUUUCGCAAAUAAAAUGUUUAAAAUGGUGCCACUAUUUUAAUGAAUGUUGAAGUGGAAGGAGGAGGAGAUUUUUGA